ACAAUAAACGGAUCUUUACUCUGCACAGCAACUAUGUGCGAGAGUAACCAUAUUAGUGCGUCUUCUCCCUCUGACCAACCAAGCGCACGUCCCAGUCCUACUUUUUGGCCACCCCUACUCUGAUUUUUUAACCUUCUUUGCAUCCCCUUGUGUUUCCUUCCCUCUUUUUUUCUCUUCUCUUUUCUUUCUCAGGUUUCUUUCUACGGAGGAAUGGCGGACGUGUCCGAACGAAGAGGUUACAGCAAACCUCGAAAAGCACUGUCCUUUCUAUUUCCCUCCGCUCGAGCUUGGUAUGGCAAUGACCAGAAGCGAUCCGGAAGGAUCGGUCGCAAUGCAUCAUUUGGUUACUUUUCAGCAAAAUCGCGGCCAGCUGUACUUGACGAAGAGGAAGAAGGAACUACAGUGGCUGCUGCUGGUGGCCUUAUAAGAAAAGAUACGGUAUCUUCUUCCGAGUCAUCGAUCGACAAGCUUAGUCCGAACCGGAUGACUUUUCGGGUGAUGAAUCCCGAUGAUACUUUAAGCAGCAGCAACAGCACCAACUCGUCAAGGAUUGACAAUGAAGAAGACGAUGACGAUGACGACCAUGAAGUUAUCCAUUAUCAGACACAUCAGGAUGAAGACGACCACAGAACAGCUGCUGAAUUGGGCAACGAUACAUCAAGUCCCAACAUGAGCAACGCUGCUCUUGCUGCCAAAACCACUGCAGACAUUAACCAGGAUGCCCCUGUUGUUCCAUCCCCUUCUUCACCACCGCCACCGCCACCUGCACACGCACUGUCUACACCUCCUUCAACGGAACCCUCCCUGUCCUCUUCAGAUCCAGCAACUACUACCGCUGCUCCUGCCGCAGCCGCAGCAGUAGAGACACCAACCACACCAGUGGGAAGCCAUUGGUAUGCGCAAGGGUGGAAGAUUGCAGGUGCCGGACAAUCCAACAGUAAAAAAACGAAUCGACAAUCCAAAGUGAUGGAGGAAGAAGUUAUGGACGACGAGCGUCAGCUACCUCCCGCAAUUAAGACGUCAGUUGUUCUUGGCGCAGCCCCUUGUAGCAGCAGCAGCGGCAACAACAACAACAACAACAACAACAGUGGCCCAGCAACACCUACACUGUCUCCGACGACACAUUACCAUGGAGACAGGUCGAGAUCCAGUUUCGAUACAUUCAGGCAACAAUCAUCUUCGGAAGACUCUCCGUUUCCAUCUCCGGGCAGUGGCGGCGUUAUCCGUUCAGAUUCCACAAAGAUCGAAAAGCCCGGAUUUCCUCCUCCUGCACCUCCUGGCGCUACCAGCAGCAGUAGACCAUACGCACGUGGAACGCCGGCAUAUACGAGACCGCGUCCAAUGUCCCCAUCAAUGGUCUUGGCGCCAUUUUCCCCACCGUCGUCUCCACUUCUGUCUGGCAGUGGCAAUCCGGCUAGCAGGACACCUUCCAUGGCCACCGUUGGUUAUCUUUCUCAACCGCUACUAUCACCACAGUUCCAACAUCAACAUCCUAUCGUGGCUUCACGUCAGCACCCACAUAUGGCUUCCAUGACGCCAACACAUGCAAAAGGAUCGUUCAUUAUCCAAAACAACAGCAACGGCGACAACAGCAGUACGAAAAAGCAAAAGACAUAUUUUUCAAAAUAUGCAAAAGCAUCAUACAGCCUGACAAAUCAUCCAGACGCAAUUAAAAUAUAUCGCAGCAUGGCGGAAAAGACCGGGGAUCCGGUUGUGCAGCUCAGCUAUGCAAAAUAUCUUUUGGAAAUUGCCGAACUCUAUGGAGGAGGUGGAGGUGGACAGGGAGAAGGAAUACCAUCGUCGUCAAAAUUUUCGAAUCAAGGGAUGAGGAGCAGUACGAGUGUGGUAUCGUCUGCAUCGUCUCCAAGAAAUGAUGUAGGACGACCCAUGUCGUUGGACGGGUACCAGUCAGCCGCAUCAUCACGCGUUUCAUUGGACAGUGUUCGCUCGGCGCCAAUGGCUCCAUCACCAUCCUCUUCUGCAGCAACAGCCACACAGCACCGGCUGAACGAUUCGGAACGACGCAAGAAAAAGAUGCUUGAGGACGAGGGAAUCCGGUGGAUCAAACGGUUAGCGAAACAAAAUGUGGGCGAAGCUGCUUACCUCCAAGCGACAUGGAUGGAAAGAGGAAAAUAUGGGUUUUCCAAGAACUCAACCAAGACAUUCAAGUUAUACAAGAUCGCUGCCAACGAAGGAAUUCCUGAAGCCAUGCAUAAAGUCGCUGUAUCUUAUGAAAGAUCGGGUGAUGUUCGACAAGCAUUUCUCAAUUACAAGGGUGCAGCUGCUCAGGGUGUUGUCGAAGCUAUCUUUCGCAUGGCAAAAGUACAUCUUCAUGGCGAGUUUGGUCAACGGCAAAACAUGUCCUCUGCUCUGGAACUGCUGUCUCAAGCAGCUGAAAGAGCAAAUGAAGCCUGUCCUGAACCACCUUACCUGUUUGGCCUAAUUCUCACCAACACAUAUCCAAAAGCUGAUAUUCCCAUGGAGGUGAUCCAUCGCUAUGGUGGCGAACUUGCUGCACUACGUUAUUUCGAACAUGCUGCCCAGCUCGGCUACAGCCAUGCACAAAGCAGAAUUGCUUUCAUCUACGAGUACGGGAUGUAUGGCGCGCCCAUGCAUCUUGCCAAGAGUUUUGGAUACUACGACCUUGCAGCAAAACAACACAAACAUCCACAGGCCAUGCUGGGCUUGAGCCGGCUGUACAAUCGUGGAUGUCGUGGUCCAAACGAUAUGCUAACUGAAGACGAACGACUGGCACGCGAUGUCUCUGGUUGGCUUGCAGCAACAGCGAGAAAUGAGGAUGCAGCGUUUAGCUGGUGCCAAAAGGCAGCAGAUCGAGGAUUGGAUGAAGCUUUGUUUCUAUUAGGCUGGUACUAUGAGACAGGAGUUGGCGUUCCCCGCGAUUCUCUUCGUGCACAAGAACUGUAUCAAAAUGCAGGAGCCAAGGGUCACAAAGCGGCAGCCGAACGACAGUACAAAUCUGUAACACUUCAACAACAUGAAAGACGCAGUAUACGACCUCGAACAACCACUUCUUGUAUUAUCAUGUGAUGUUCUUUUUGUCCUUUAUCCUCUAUACAAACAUAUAUCCGCUUCAUCACAUAUUAACAUUUACAUACAAUAUUUUGCUUUUGAAAAUACAAAAAAUCCCAGUAAUAAAAUCCAUAUUGAAUAUGUCAAUACCAGAGAUCAGAAAAGCACAAUCUGAAAAACUGAGUGGUGGCACGGAAGGCCAAGUCAUACAAAAGGAUUGUGUUUGUGAAGGUCAGAAAUUGUUUUUAAGUAGCUCUUCAUUAACGAUGACGAAUUUGAUAGAAUUUAUCUCGAUGGUCCCAACCUUGAACAAUCACUGUCAUCAACGACAACGUUUAUCUCUAGACCAUUUGCUAAAGUAAUAGACCUUAUCUCUGGGUAGCUCACUGCAUCAAUCUCCCGCUAGUUUCAAAGAGGAAUACAUAG